AUGUGCUCGACGCCCUGGCUGCCGACGCCGGGGACCUCACUGGUCCUGCGGGUAUCCUUCGUGGACGUGCACCCCAAGGUGAUCCCCGUGCAGCUAUGGGGACUGGUGGGAGAGCGGCGGGACGAGUACGUGCGGCUGAGCCGAGAGAUCCAAGAAGCGGCGGCCGCGCGCAGCCAGUGGGCCCGGGGUGGCGCCUCGGCCUCGCCCGGCGAGCUGUGCCUGGUGCAGGUGGGGCUCCUGUGGCGUCGCUGCCGCGUGGUCAGCCAGCAGGCGCAGAAGAGCUGCGUCUUUCUGCUCGACGAGGGCCGCACCAUCACGGCCAACUCCAGCUCGCUGAUGCCCGGGCGCAGCGAGUUCUUCCACCUGCCCUCCGAGGUGCUUGGCUGCGUGCUGGCUGGCCUGGUGCCAACGGGCAGUGGCGGUGCGGGCGGGGGCGAGCCGCAGCAGUGGCCGGCCAGCGCCGUGGACUUCCUUAGCAACCUGAAGGGCAAGGAGGUGCAUGGGCAGGUCCUUGACGUGCUGCUCCUCCACCGCCUGGUCCUUCUCCAGGUGCCCAGUCUGUUCCAGCAGAUGCAGGAGCUCGGCCUGGCCCGGCAGGUGCCCGGCAGUCUCUUCCGCUCGCUCCUGAAGCGUUACCUCAAGGCGACGAGCACUGCUGGCACAGGCCCCGGGGCCUCAGUUCUCUCGCACAAGCCAGAGCACCCUGGCCUGGACUACUUCUAUCCCCAGCUGCAGCUGGGAGUGACGGAGCCCGUCGUGGUAACCCAGGUGUGCCAUCCACACCGCAUUCACUGCCAGCUCCGGAGCCUCUCACAGGAGAUCCACCGCCUCUCUGAGAGCAUGGCCCAGGCAUAUCGGGGUUCCACGGGGACAGGGCAUGAGAAUUCUACCAGUGCCACCUGGGAGGAAAGGGAGGAGAGCCCAGACAAGCCGGGCUCUCCGUGUGCAUCCUGUGGGUUGGAUGGACGUUGGUACAGAGGGCUCUUGCUUGAGAUUUUCCGGCCCCAGCGCUGUGCCCAGGUGCUUCACGUAGACUAUGGAAGGAAAGAGUUAGUGAGCUGCAGCAGCCUCCGGUACAUGCUACCUGAAUAUUUUCGAAUGCCUGUGGUGACCUACCCUUGUGCUUUGUAUGGACUAUGGGACGGUGGGAGAGGCUGGUCACGGUCACAGGUCGGUGACCUAAAAGCACUGAUACUGGGCCAGGCAGUGAAUGCAAAGAUUGAAUUUUAUUGUUCUUUUGAGCAUGUGUAUUAUGUCACCCUGUAUGGUGACGAUGGGAUUAAUUUCAACUGUGUGUUUGGAGUACAGUCGUGUUGCUUGGCUGACCGAUUCCUUCAGAGCCAGGGAAUAGAGGAGGAAGAGGAGGAGGAAGAACCAGAAACAGUUCUUCAGUCCCAGUCUCUUGCUGAAGAGGUGGAUGAAGAAAUUUCACACCCAGGCCUAAGGUCUAUCAGGUUAAAGGUGAAUGCCUUCUAUGAUGCUCAGGUAGAGUUUGUUAAAAGUCCUUCUGAGUUUUGGAUUAGGUUGAGGAAACACAGUGGCACUUUCAGCAAGCUGAUGAAGAGAAUGUGCAGUUUCUAUUCCUCAGCCAAAGCUUUGACUGACACAGCAGUUGUUAGAAAUGUUUCACCUGGACUAGUUGUGCAGGAAAAAGAGAAAAGGACAUCUGUGUUUUCUUCUCUUGCACAGAAUUUUUUGGAAAUUAAGCCAGGCUCUUUUUGUAAAGAAGAGCUAGAAAUUGGAAGUACAGUAGAAGUCAAAGUGUCAUAUGUUGAAAACCCUGGCUAUUUCUGGUGCCAGAUGACCAGGAACAUACAAGGAUUUAAAACGCUAAUGUGUAAUAUUCAGGACUAUUGCAAAAAUAUGGCUGCUCCUCACCAGGGAACCACCCCUGCUUGUUUAGCAAAGCGAACAGUAAAUGGAAAAUGGUCCAGAGCUCUAAUAAGUGGGGCACAAUCUUCAGAGCAUGUCAAAGUAAUAUUUGUAGAUUAUGGGGACAAAGAUAUGGUAUCUGUAAAGAAUAUUUAUGCAAUUAGUGAAGAAUUUCUUAAGGUUAAUGCUCAGGCUUUUAGGUGCAGUCUUUAUAAUUUAAUUCAACCAACUGGUCAAAAUCCUUUUGUUUGGGAUGAAAAGGCAAUACAAGCUUUUAGUGAAUUUCUGGAUAAUGCAUGGCAAGACAAUCUAGAAUUAAAAUGCACAGUAUUUGCUUUGGCUUCAAUAGAGGAUGAAGGAUUGUUUAAUGUUGUGGAUUUGUUAACACCCUUUCAGAGCGCAUGCCAUUUUUUGGUAGAAAAGAGACUUGCGAGACCAGUAAAACUUGAGAUGCCUUUGGAAUCCUCUGUUCAGCUACAUUCCUACUACUAUUCUACACAUGAUAUGAAAAUUGGAAGUGAAGAAUUUGUGUGUGUAACUUAUGUUGAUGACCCUUGGAAGUUUUAUUGCCAGCUGGCAAGAAAUGCAGAUGUUUUAGAACAGUUGUCACGUAGUAUCACACAAUUAAGUAAAACUUUGCUGAAUUUAAAAACAUCUCCGUUCAUCCCUGGAAACUUGUGCCUUGCCAAGUAUACUGAUGGAAACUGGUAUAGAGGGAUAUUAAUAGAGAAAAAACCAAAUAAAGUCUUCUUUGUUGAUUUUGGGAACAUUUAUGUAGCAACAAGUGGAGAUAUACUUCCAAUACCUAGUGAUGCAUAUGAUGUCUUACUUUUGCCCAUGCAAGCUGUUAAAUGUUCAUUAUCUGAUAUUCCUGAUCACAUACCAGGAGAAGUUACAACAUGGUUUCGGGAGACUAUUUUAGAUAAGUCACUGAAGGCAUUAGUUGUAGCAAAAGAUCCAGAUGGACGACUAAUAAUAGAACUAUAUGAUGAUAGUAUUCAAAUUAAUGCUAAUAUUAGUGAGAAGUUAGGGCUACAUUGUUACAAAGAAAGAAGAAAAGAAAGUGAAGCAUUCUUCUCUACAACUGAAACUGUUGAAGAAAAAAAUGAAAAUAUAAAGUUGUCACCUUCAGAGUAUUUAAGUAAAUCAGUAGAGAAGAAAUUGUACAGUCUAGAGAUUUUGGGAGAAUCAUACAAACCUAAGGUCAACUCAGCAUGUAAGGAGCUCAAAUUUUUACGAAGUUCAACAAAGACAAACUUAGUCGCUCAAUAUCAGGACUCUGUGGGAAAUAAUAAUAAUAAAGUGUUUCCAGUAACAACAAAAAAGAAAGAAGAAAUUUUUACUGAGCCAUGUUUAAAAGCCACUCCUUCAGAGAGAAAAAUAGGAGAUUCAUGUAACAAAAAUUUGCCUCUAAAAUUUUGUGAGCUCCCACAGAAGAUUAUAAUGCCUGGCUUUAAAACCACUGUGUAUGUUUCUCAUAUAAAUGACCUUUCAGACUUUUAUGUUCAACUAACAGAAGAUGAAGCUGAAAUUAAUCAUCUUUCAGAGAGAUUAAAUGAUGUUAAAACCAGGCCUGAAUAUCAUGCAGGUCCACCUCUGCAAAGAGGAGAUGUGAUAUGUGCCAUUUUCCCAGAAGACAAUUUAUGGUAUCGUGCUGUGGUCAAGAAACUACAACCCAAUGACCUUUUCUCUGUACAAUUUAUAGAUUAUGGCAAUGUUUCUGUGGUUCAUAUUAACAAAAUAGGUAGGCUUAAUGUAGUAAAUGCAAUAUUACCAGGACUGUGCAUUCAUUGCUCCUUAGGGGGACUUUGGGUUCCUGACAUUAUACACUGCAAGGAAAUGAUGCAUUACUUUUCCCAAAGGACAAAUAGGACUCAAAUAAGAUGUGAAUUUAUUCAAUUUCAAGACAGAUGGGAAGUUAUUCUGGCUGAUGAACAUGGGAUCAUCGCAGAAGAUAUGAUUAGCAGAUAUGCUUUCAGUGAAAAAUCUCAAAUAGGACUUUCUACCCAGGUAAUUAAAGGUGCCUGUUCAAAGUCUGUUAGCAACACUGACACUGCAGUAUUUCUUAACUGGUAUAAUCCAAAAGUGAAGAUGGUAAGAGCUUAUGCCACUGUGAUAGAUGGACCUGAGUAUUUUUGGUGUCAGUUUGCCGAUACUGAGAAACUUCAGUAUUUAGAAAUAGAAGUACAAACAGCUGGAGAACAGGUGACAGAUUUGGGAAAUUGUAUCCCAUGUCCUCAUAUUGGAGAUCCUUGUAUAGUAAGACAUAGAGAAGAUGGGCAUUAUUAUAGGGCACUUAUCACUAAUAUUUGUGAAGAUUAUCUUGUAUCCGUCAGGCUUGUGGACUUUGGAAACAUUGAAGACUGUGUGGACCCCAAAGCACUCUGGAAUAUUCCUUCUGAGCUUUUGUUGGUUCCCAUGCAAGCUUUUCCAUGUUGCCUCUCAGGAUUUAAUAUUUCAGAAAGUGUAUGUCCCCAAGAGGGAAAUGACUAUUUUUAUGAAAUAAUAACAGAAGAUGUGUUGGAAAUAACAAUAUUAGAAAUUAGAAAGGAUGUUUGUGAUAUCCCUUUAGCAAUUGUUGACUUGAAAAGCAAAGGUGAAAGUAUUAAUGAAAAAAUGAAGAAAUAUUCUAAGAUUGGUGUUACUAAGAGUGAUGUGCCCUGUGAAAAAAGUGAUCUAUACAUAAAGGGAGCUCCUGGGUCCCCCAGUCCUGAUGUGGGACUUAAGAAAGCAAGUAAUAAAGCUGUACAAGAUAAAACAUUUUAUGUGGAACCAGAGACACAUGAGCUGUCUGAAAGAACUGAAAAAGAUUUAAACAUGAUUGACACCAAACCAAGUAAAUUCUAUGACCUCAAGCUUGAUAACAUUUUCAAAGCUUUUGAAAACCCACAUGAAGAUAAAAUUGGUACUGAGGUACUGGAAGGUAAAGUAGAGGGCCAUUUGGCUGAUGAAGCAAAGUUUGAUAAUAAAUACUUCAUUACAGGAUUUAACACAUCAUCACCACAUGCUAGUGAAACAAAGGAGAUAUUAGAACUGAUUUCACCUGAGGUGCCACUUUCUCCUGAUGGUGACUCAAAAGAAUUCCUAGAACUAGAAUCCAUUGAGCUCCAGCAUUCUCUAGUGGGGGAUGAAGAAAAAGAGGAGCUAGGCCUGCUGCCAUCGAUUGUGUCGCUCUCCCAAGGCUGUGACAGGGAAGCCCCCCUGGAGCCAUUUACAAUGCAGCUUCCCCUCAACUGUGAAGCCGAGAAACAGCCAGAACUAGAACUACCUGCAGCCCCGCUGUCUCUAGAUGACAAAAUAAAUCCUUUGUCUUUAAGCGUUAAUGAGAAAGCCCAAGAAUCCAUGUGUGCUGACGACGUGAGAAAGUCAAGUUGUGUGGAAUCCUUUGAUGACCAGCACAGAAUACCAUCACACCUACAAGAAGAGAAUUUUGAUCCCCAAAUGCAGACAGAAAUGUACAUAUAUGAAGAAGAGUUUACGGAAUAUAAAAACAGGGUUGCCAUUUCAUCAUUGACACCUUUGUUCUCUAAGGAAGAAUCCAGAGAUGGGAGGAAACACAAUAAUACUUUACCAGAUCAUGUCUCAGGUAUGUGA